UGUGUCAGUGCCGCUGGCGCGAAUAGCAAGUGUGAUUUGAAAGAUACUAAUUUCAGCGUUUAAAAUUUAAUAUCACAAGUAGGAUAACAACAGCUUGGAUCAUAAACUUAAAAGUAUGGAUGAGCACCAAGUUGUACCUGAUGUUGUUGAUAAAGCCCCUCCUCAGAUCUUGGAGGUGUCCUAUGGAGUAAACAAAGUUAAUCUUGGAAAUGAACUGACUCCAACUCAAGUUAAGGAUAUGCCAAGUGUGACAUGGAAUGCAGAAGAGGGAGCAUUUUACACUCUUUGCAUGACUGACCCAGAUGCUCCUAGUAGAAAAGACCCAAAAUUUCGUGAGUGGCAUCAUUGGCUUGUGGUUAACAUUCCAGGUUCAAAUAUUACUGCUGGAGAGACACUUCCUGAGUUUGUUGGCUCUGGUCCACCAAAAGGCACUGAGGAGGAAUUUAAUACAGUGAAAGAACUAGCUGCAAUACUCUCUAAGCAUGAAGAACUCCUGGAACAUCACAAAACAGAAGAGGGAAUUAAUAUGCCAAAAGAAGAUUUGGCUGCAACUAGUUUGGAAUAUGAAGACAACAUUAAGAAAUGUGAAGAAUUAGAAAAAGAAACUGCCUAA